UUGUACUUGUACUAUAUGCAUAUAUAUAUGUUUAUAUAUAUGUCUACAGAUAUAUAUAUAUAUACACAUAUGUCUGUAUAUAUAUAAACCUUUUUUCAGUCCUAAUUUGCCUCUAACCCAACUUUUAAAGACCAAACAUUCAUUUCUUCAUCACCAACAACACCUGGUCUUUCUUUGCCUGUUAAGAAAAGGUUCAGUCAUUAUGGUUUUUAUUGAAGUUGAAAAAAAUGUACCAAUAUUUUGGAAAGCGGUUCUGAAUUUAAUUCAUUUUCAUUAGGUUUUCUUUAAUGAGAACACAAGCUCUGGGAUCAGACAUGCGGCUUCAUCUGAAGAGGCUCCGUGGUGAACAGAAGCAGCUGAAGCCCUGCAUCAAAUUAUGCAAACCCCUCAGUCUCAUCCAUUUGUUUUCCUUCUCUUCUCUAUCUUCACAGCAUUUCCAUCAACAUGUUUCCUCGCCUGCAUCUUCCCUUCUUUAUAUGAGAGGCAGAGGGAGAAGUGGGAAGCUGCCCAUUAAUUGCUUUGGAAAAGGGAAGGGUGAGAGACAGAGAUAGAAGGAGGGGGAGAGAGAGGGAGAGAGAGAAUGAGGGAGCUGCACAGCCAGAUGCACCAGCGGAGGCAGAGCUGAGGUUUUUUUUUUUUUUUUUCCCCUGCUCUCUCUUGUCUCUUUUGUUGUGUCGGCACAAAUAAAAAUCUAAUCAACGUCAGCAAAGACCACCACCACUGCCUAAUCCACCUCUCUCCACACACCUCAUAUCCUGUCUGUUUGCCAGAGCUGGAUCCCAGUGUGGAGCUGGGUGUGCGGCAGGCUAUCGCCUGGCUAUCAGAGGUCUGCAACGGCUCUGUGGCAGCAAGACGAAGAAGAAGAAGAGAAGCAGCAGGAGGAGGAGGAGGAGGAGGGAAAACGGAGGAGGGGCUGUGGUGGGCUUCCUCUGCCUCACAGACACAUUAUAUUGACUUGCUAAUUGGAUGAGGCAUUCGGAGGAGAGGAUGCGGUGACCGCGAGGAGAUGCUCUCCAGAGGAGGGAUACAGGCAGAAGAAAGCGUUGCUUGGUUUGUACAAAUCCUGCUACUUCAUCCCAGAGCAGAAAAACCUGGAGGCAGAACAACAGAUGAUUUUCACCAUCGCACCACCGUGACCCUCACACUGUGCUUUCAUAAUUGUAUGCAUGACAUUGUCUAAUGGAGGCUACAGCUGCCAGACGCUGCGUGACAAGUGAAUGAUUUCCAUUUUGAGGCUUUUCCUGCCUGGUCCCUCUCACCUGUUUUCCUGCACUCAUCAGAUGGAGGUCUUUUUCCGUCUGCCUUCUUUGAUGUGUCAUUUGAUAUGAACAGUAAUCUGAUGGUGAGACAGAUCCUCCGUCAAGUGAAUCGUACAUGGAGCCGUACAGUGAAUUAUCAUCUGGAAAAAUGAAGUCCUCGCCUGGUUGUCAUGCCCGGUGUGUGUAGAACUGGCCACAUCUGAGUGCAGGUGCCACCACUAGAUGUCCGCUGUCCAAAUGGACAAAGAGGGCAACCCGCAGAAACGCACCACCUACCUCAUCUCCCUCACUCUGGUGAAGGUUGAGGCUCUGCCCGAGGACGGAGAUGGAGCUGAGGAUGUAGCCGGGAACCAGAAGGAGGCUCUCCCAGAGGGGGAAGGGAGUCCUGGGAAGGAAGUUGAGGAGACACAGGAUGUUAGCUGUGUUCCUGAUAAGGAAGGAGGAGUUGUACGGCCAGAAGAGGUGGAGAAAGAACUCUCACAGGUGUGCAAAGAAGAAGAGCCAGCAGAAGAAGAGGUGGAGGUGCUGCAGGUGAGGCAUGGCACCCCCACUGAGAGCAGAGGCAAACCUUACAAGUGGGACACCCACAUCCCCCAUAAAGACUUUUCCGGUAAAAGCAAAGACACUCCUCUGGUUCACGCACCCGUCAGACAAAUGGUCAAAGUGUACGGAGGGACUCUGUCUGAGGGACCUGUGCGUAGAGAAGGACAUCGCUCCGAGGCUCUGCGUCCUAAGACGGAGCUCUACCGAGAGCCGCCCGUGCUUUUUCUCAAGGGUGAGAAUGGAGCAGACCUGAGCAAUCGCUCGCGUUCCAGUCUCCCUUUCUCCAUUCCACCCCAGGUCAGUCCCCGUCCAGAGGUAGUGAUGAGGUCACACACAGGAGGCACCUCCGUAGGGUGGAGGGAGCCGAGAGACGUCAACACAAACCUGUAUCACUGCGCCAAGACCAUGGAGCGCAGGGAUAACUGGGAGCAUUCCACCUCAGCCACAGCCACGACCCUGGGGCCUUACAGGGCGUCCUGGGCUGACAGUGAUGGCAGGGGCACACUUAUCCGCCCGGGAGCGCCUUCUAGUGGAGGGUAUUCUGGAAUCAUGGCACGAGAGAGUCCACAAGGAGAGAGAUACAAGGCUGUUUCAGUUUCCCUGCCUACGCCUCCCGUGACGGACGUGUUCAGGCCUCAGAGGAAAGGUGUCAGCUGCACACUGGACAACAGUGACCUUCACUCUUUCUCUGAUGACUUUAAGAAGGGGAAGGAAGGAAGUCAGGGAGGAACGGUGCAACGAGCACCUCCUCGAGACCGAAAGAUGCUCAAGUUCAUCAGCGGGAUAUUUACCAAAAGUACGCCUGUGCCGCCCACUGUCAACACGCCGCCACCGCUGUAUCCAGCCGUGGAGAGAGGCUCCAGUGAAGAGGAAGGUGCGUUCACCAGCAGUCAAGAAUGGACCAUGAGUCCAAUCCUACAGGAGCUCCACCUGGGUGUUUUUGGAGGCCUGUGCAGUGGGAAGUCCGCUCUGGUCCACAGGCACAUGACAGGAAGUUACCUGGCAGUGGAGAACGCCGAGGGACGUCAGUACAUCAAGGACGUCCUGGUUGAUGGACAGAGCCACCUCCUGAUUAUCAGGGAAGAGACAGAACUGCCAGACGCUCAGCUUGCAGCCUGGGUGGAUGCAGUCAUCCUGGUGUUCAGUCUGGAAAACGAGGCCAGCUUCCAGGAAGUUUACAAGAUCUACCACCAGCUUGCACUCCACCGGCCUAUCGCUGAGAUACCAUUCGUAGUAGUUGGCACUCAGGACAAGAUCAGCAGCACCAAUCCCAGAGUUAUCGACGACGCCAGGGCCAGACAGCUGUGUUCUGACGUCCGCCGCUGCACUUACUACGAAACCUGCGCGACCUACGGCCUCAACGUGAACAGGGUCUUCAAUGACGCUGCCCAGAAGAUCAUGGCGGCCAAGAAACAAGCUGCUCUGCUGGCUUCCUGCAAGUCUCUGCCCAACUCCCCCAGUCAUUCUGGAGGAUCCACCCCAGUGUCAGGCGUCUUCCCUGGACAGGCCAGUAACGGUGGUCAGAGCAGCGACUACUCCUCCUCACUUCCCUCCACUCCUGUCAUCAGUCAUAAAGACAUUGGCAGAACAGCCAGAGGGGAGAAACCAGACAGUGCUGCGCCAGGCUCUGCCCGCAGUGCCACCAGGAGACGCACACCACGGUUUGCGGGUCGGAGAGGCAGCGACUCCAACAGAAGGAGUGCAGAUUAUAAAGGCGAUCUGGGCGUAGGGCGCUGCAUCCCCACUAAACAGGGCCUCCUUCUGCAGCUCAGCCGCCGCCACCAGGAGUGGAAGAAGAAGUACGUGACACUGACCAACGAUGGCAUUCUGUCCUAUCACGCCAGCGUCAAUGACUACAUGCUCAACACUCCAGGGAUGGCCCGGCUGCGGGUGCCCGUCAAGGUGCCGGGAAAACGACCGCCACGCGCUGUACCCACUGGUGGUCCUCCAGCUGGACUCAACGGCCGGGUCAAAGACGUGCUGGGGUCGGAGGGUGUCAACCCAGUGCCUGUAAGUGCCAGCAGCCUCCUGCAAGUGGAGGAGAUGGAAGGGCUGGGAGGAGCGCUCUUCCUGAGGAGUAACAGAGGAGUUCAGCGGUGCUCCUCCUCGGCAUCGAACCACGCUCAAACUGUUGACUCUGCACUUGAGGGAGUCUCCAGUUCCUCCUCCACCAAAGACGUGGGCUCCGCCUCCCCCCUGACUGACAGGAAGAAACACUGCAGGAAGAAGAGCAUGAACCAGAAAGGAGACGCAGCAGCUGGUCAGGCCGACGCCAAGCGCAAAAUGUGGAAACUGAAAAGCUUUGGCAGCUUGAGAAACGUCAGCAAAACAGAUGAGGACAACUUUGACUUCCUGGUUGUGUCCAGCACUGGUCAGACCUGGCACUUCGAAGCCCCCAGUGUGGAGGAAAGAGACUCCUGGGUCCAGGCCAUUGAAAGUCAGAUCCUGGCCAGUCUGCAGCUGUGUGAAAGCAGCAAAAACAAGGCUCGCAGAAACAGCCUGAGUGAAGCAGUUGCCCUGCAGGCGAUCCGCAACGCAAAGGGCAACAACUUCUGUGUUGACUGUGAUUCUCCAAAUCCAACGUGGGCCAGCCUGAACCUGGGCGCUCUCAUUUGUAUCGAGUGUUCGGGGAUCCACAGAAACUUGGGCACCCAUCUGACCCGCGUCCGUUCACUGGACCUUGACGAUCUGCCCAAAGAGCUGACUCUGGUCCUGAGUGCCAUCGGCAACCACUUGGUCAACAGUAUAUGGGAGGCACGGACCCUGGGGAGACGUAAACCGACACCUGAUUCCACACGAGAGGAGCGAGAGUCCUGGAUCAGAGCCAAAUAUGAGCAGAAACUGUUUGUGGCACCACUGCCUCCUCCCUCUCCCAGCGAGGGUCCAGACAUCACACUCGCCGGCCGUCUCCUCAUGGCAGUGAUGGAGCACAACCUCCCCAAACUGCUGCUCCUUCUGGCCCACUGCUCUAAGGAGGACAUUAAUGCACCUGUUAGCCUGGCCCUGUCCUCCAGGUCCCUGUUAGCGCUGCGACUGCCCGGCUCCGCGCUGCACGCCGCGUGUCACCAGGGUGAUGUGGUGAUGACACAGCUUCUGGUUUGGUACGGCUGUGACGUUCGGUACCGAGACGCCCAGGGCCUGACAGCUUUGGCUUUAGCUCGCAGUGCUGGCAGCCAGGAGUGCGUCGACAUCCUGCUACAGUACGGAUGCCCCAAUGAACCGACCCCCUCUAUUGUCACAGCAGUCGGUUUUGCAGCAGCCACAACAUCCAGCUUCCCUGUUGCCAUGGCGCCGAGCUCGACGGUUGCCACGACACUCAAAAUCUCGCACAAGAGCGGUGGCACCAGCUUGAGCUACAGCACCUCCAGAAGAGCAGUGUCAUAAUGGAAAUAGAGUGUAAUGUAUGUGUGUGUGUGUGUGUGUGUGUGUGUGCGGGUGUAACCAAAAAUGAAGUCGGACUUACUUGGGUGACAAACGUCAUGGCGUCAGAUUUAUUAGGAAUGUAUUGCACUGUAUACCAGCUAGUAUGAUUCAUACUCUAUACAACAGCAGUCGAUAUCCAACCACGGUCAAGUAUCAAACACAGUAUAUUCACUCCCUUAAGAAACAAAACCUGCCUUUUCAAAAACAACCAAUCAGCAUCUAGACUGCAAUAAGUUCUGUUCACUUUUUGAUUCAGUAAAUGGACGACUGUGGUUUCAAGUCUCUUGGCUCUAAAUUAGACACACUUUCAUUUCCAGCUUACUGACUGUGAAUGUCUGGUUCAAUGGUGUGGACCAGACAUGGGGCAAACUAAGGCCCGGGGUCCAAACGUGUCCAAAUCAUAUUAUGAAUUUAUAUUAUUCUACUUCUGCCUUUUC